CCCGGUAGUUAAUAGAUAUAAGCUUACAUUAUGAGGAAGCACGAAGAACACAGACCAUUGUGUGAUUCUCAUGGAGAGGUUGGCGACACCUCUGACUUGCGUUUCUCGGACAUGAGAGGAAAACUGGCAUAAGAGGUACUGCACCUAGAUAGGUAUGUUGCUUACCUCGCUUAAAUGAUAUACCUCCUCCUGCGGGGGGACAGGGUUGAACAAAGAGGGGAUUACUACUUGGUGUAAAAGACCCUCUGAGCUUGCAAUCCUUUCACUUCUCAGUCAGCUAUGAGAUAAGUUCCUUUCAGCCUUCCAAAAUAAAUCCACGGCCUCUCGAACCGGCACAAUGAAAUCAAGUUUAACGGACUUCUCAUCUACUCCCCAAGAGAGCUCUCCUCCCUAUGCGGCAAAUCUCGAAGUGGAUGUGCUCAUCGUGGGUGCGGGCUUCUCGGGUAUCUUUUGUCUGCACAAGGUGCGCAAACAGGGUCUCUCGGCGGUGAUCUAUGAAGCCGGUAAAGGGAUCGGAGGCACCUGGCAGUGGAACUGCUACCCGGGCGCUAUGGUAGAUUCCGAGGUCCCCGUGUACCAGUUCUCGAUCCCCGAGACGUGGCAGGACUGGACGUGGAGCUCGAACUAUCCCGACUACAAGGAGUUGCGGGCCUACUUUGACCAUGUGGACAAGGUACUGGAGAUCAGCAAGGACUGUGCGUUUGGCAGCGUCGUCGUCGGGGCCCACUUCAAUCAUGACGAGGUCCGAUGGCACAUCAGCACGGCCGAUGGGCGAACUGCCAGGGCCAAAUAUCUGAUCGUAGCCGCCGGGUUCAGCGCAAAGAGAUACAUUCCGGACUGGGAGGGCCUCGACCGGUUCCAGGGUGUAAUCCACCAUUCCUCUUUCUGGCCAGAAAAAGAAGUCGAUGUGCACGGCAAGCGGUGCGCUGUCAUCGGCACGGGCGCCUCGGGAGUACAGCUCACACAAGCCUGGGGUCCUGUCGCUGAUUCAGUCCGCGUGUUCCAGCGUACGCCCAAUCUGACUCUUCCCAUGCGCCGGAGACUACUGAGCAGGGAGGAACAAGAACAGAGCAAAGCUUUCUAUCCAGACCUGUUCUGUUUACGAGAACGUACCUUUGGAGGAUUUCUUUACACGUUUGUGGAGAAAACACUGGAUCAAGACAGCGAGGAAGAGCAACAGGCCUUUCUCGAAAAGCUCUGGGAGGCGGGCGGGUUCCGGUUCUGGCUGCAGAAUUACAAAGACUACCUCUUCGAUGCGAAAACUAACCGAGUCGUAUAUGACUUUUGGGCGAAGAAGGUGCGUCAAGGCAUCGACGAUCCUCGGAAACGGGACAUCCUCGCCCCCCUAGUACCUCACCACCACUUUGGAAUCAAGCGUCCUGCCCUGCAGAACAACUACUAUGAGCAAUUCAACCGGCCCACCGUCGACGUAGUCAAUAUCAAAGAGAACCCGAUCGUCGGAUUGACCAAAACCGGCAUCCAACUGCAGGAUGGGACUGUUCACGAGGUUGAUAUCAUUGGUCUCGCGACAGGAUUCGACGCCGUCACCGGAGGAAUAACAGAAAUGGGUAUACAGAGCAUCCACGGCAGCACCCUGAAGGACGAUUGGAAGGCCGCCGCUAGAACGUACCUGGGAUUGACCGUCAGUGGAUACCCCAACAUGUUUAAUGUGUAUGGAACGCAUGGACCGACACUGUUGAGCAACGGUCCCACGGCGGUUGAAAUACAGUGCCAAUGGGUCGUCGACGCGAUCAAGCAGAUGGAGCGGCAAGGAAUCAAGUAUCUUGACGCGACAGAGGAGGCCUCGCAGCAGUGGAAGGCCCAUAUCGACGAGCUGUCGAAUGAGACUCUACUCCCGACCACAAGGUCGACGUAUAUGGGUAGCAGCAUCCUGGGCAAAGCGUUCGAGCAGACUUGUUACGCAGGUGGAAUGUUUCCAUAUACCGAGGAAAUCCGGGCAGUGCUUCCCACAUUCAAAGGCUUCCGCAUUGUCAGGGGAUAACAUAACGCUAUGUCAUGCAGGUAUCAGCAUGGAGUAGACACGGACUACUAUAGAAAAACUGCAGUCAUAUUAAUAGGAUGAAAUGAUGUCAAAGGGUGUCUUCAUUAUUCGAAGGCUUCCUAUUUUUGAACGCGUUGCGUUUGAAAAUUAUAGUAUU